GUUGAAUUUUAUAGAAAAUGUACAAAGACGAACAAGCUAAGGCUCAAUUUGAGUACCAAGAUGAGGAUGUACCCUCAGAGGAUAUUUCGACACAAAGUGCUGAUAACAGUCCGUGCUUUAAGUCAGGGAAAUUCAUAAACCAGGUCAAUGAGCUUAGCCCGAAUACCAGCUUUAUGGCUGAGAAUAAGGGAGUUGUGAAAGACAAGAGAGCAUUUAUGGCUGAACUCGAACUCAUCAGCCAAAGGUCUAAGUUAGCUAAACAAAGCAACUCGAUGCUUGAGAGUGAGGCUAGAAGCCUUCUUGUCGUUUCAGAAAUGCAUAUGACUAGAAAAAAUAAAAGUACAAUGGAAGUGCCUCCAAUGAUACACAAGAGCUUGGUUGCUAAAAACCUAUUCAGGGGAGGAGAAUCUAGCGAUAACAUAAUAGAAACGAUCUCGAUGGGGGAUAUACUCCCACCAAGGUCCCAUAAGAGAGUCUAAAUUCCUUCAUCAAUUCUGAGGGUGUAUAGGAUUGCUGACUUUAGCAGUGAUCGAAUCUAAAUUAACACAUAAACUUCUUCCAGCAUUGAAAAGUUUAAAUUUAAGC